UGAACCCCGAUCCUCAGAUCUCAGCCUCCCGAGUAGCUGGGAUUACAGGCAUGCACCACAGCGCCCGGCUGCCACCGAACUGCAUUGUCUCCAGAUAUGCAAAUGCUCCCUGGACUGUCCUGCCCCUCCCUCUCCCCCCAACUGAGGCUCCUGCGACUGGAGAUGACACUCUAAGGAGGCGGAUCGAGCCCUGGGAGUUCGAAGCGUUCUUCAACCCCCAGGAGCUGCGCAGGGAGGCGUGUCUGCUGUACCAGAUCACCUGGAGCAGCCACAAGGUGUGGAGGGAGACCGCCAAGAACACGGUGGACAGUCACGUGGAAGUGAACUUCAUCCAAAACCUGACCGCGGGGAGGUACUGCCGACCGUCCACCCGCUGCUCAAUUCUCUGGUUCCUGUCCUGGAGCCCUUGUUCCUCCUGUUCGAAAGCCAUCAGGCUGUUCCUCAGCCAGCACCCCGGUGUGUCUCUGGUCAUCUAUGUCGCCCGGCUUUUCCAGCACAUGGAUCCUCAAAAUCGCCAAGGGCUCCGGGAACUCAUUCACAGUGGGGUCACCAUCCAGGUGAUGAGGCCCCAAGAGUAUGAUUACUGCUGGAAGAAUUUUGUCAACUACCCCCCUGGGCAGGAAGAGCAUUGGCCAAGAUACCCCGUCCAGUGCAUGACGCUCUACAAUUUGGAACUCUACUGCAUUAUUCAUAAUCUUCCACCCUGUGUACGGAUUUCAAAACAACGUCAAAGCCAGCUUGCCUUUUUCUCACUUGGGCUUGAGAAUGUCCACUAUCAGAGGAUCCCGCCUCCGCUUCUUUUGCUGACGGGGUUGGUGUUUGUGUUUCCGUGGAAAUGAAGAGGAUAUUGUCACGUGUGGACCAUUUCCACAGCAUGAGAGAUCUUCUUUUCUUUUUGCCAGUCCUGGGGUUCGAACUCAGGGCCUGGGCACUGUCCCUGAG